AUGUCUGAAUCAGUCAUUCUACGUAGUGUUAAGAAAUUUGGAGAGGAGAAUUAUGCCUUUGAAUCACAUGAAUCAGAUAAAAAUGCAAAGAAAACAAGGUCACAAGAUGGAAAGAAAGAUGGACACAUUCAAGUCGGCUUCUUUCAGCUGUUUCGAUUUUCUUCAUCAAGGGACAACUGGCUGAUGUUUGGGGGAAGUUUCUGUGCAUUUCUACAUGGAAUGGCCCAGCCAGGAAUGUUACUUGUUUUUGGCUUGAUGACAGACGCUUUUAUUGAAUAUGACAUUGAGUUACAAGAGCUUAGCAUCCCUGGUAAGAUAUGUGUGAACAACACCAUAGUGUGGGCCAACAGCUCUCUCAACCACAAUGAGACUAAUGGGACCCGUUGUGGGUUAUUGGAUAUUGAAAGUGAGAUGAUCGUAUUUGCCACUUACUAUGCUGUAGCCGGUCUUCUGGUUUUCAUCCUGGGACACUUCCAAGUAUUUUUGUGGGUAAUUGCUGCUGCUCAUCAGAUACGGAAAAUAAGACAAAUUUACUUUAGGAAAGUAAUGAGGAUGGAAAUAGGCUGGUUUGAUUGCAAUUCAGUGGGAGAACUGAAUACCAGAAUCUCAGAUGAUAUUAAUAAAAUCAAUGAGGCCAUUGCUGACCAGGUCGCCAUCUUUAUCCAGCGUAUGACCUCUUCUGUUUUUGGAUUCCUGUUGGGGUUUUACCAAGGCUGGAAACUGACACUGGUUAUGAUUUCGGUCAGUCCUCUCCUUGGAAUUGGAGCAACAAUCAUUGGCCUGAGUGUGGCCAGACUCACUGGCAGAGAAUUGAAGGCGUAUGCCAAAGCUGGAUCUGUGGCCGAUGAAGUCCUGUCCUCAAUUAGAACAGUGGCUGCUUUUGGUGGUGAAAAGAAAGAGGUAGAAAGGUAUGAGAAAAAUCUUGUAUUUGCCCAGCGCUGGGGAAUUCGAAAAGGGAUGAUAAUGGGAUUAUUUACUGGAUUUAUGUGGUGUGUCAUUUUCAUGAGUUAUUCGUUAGCCUUCUGGUAUGGCUCCAAACUUGUCCUGGAGGAAGGCGAAUAUUCACCAGGAAUUCUUUUACAGGUUUUCUUUGGAGUCUUAGUAGGAGCUUUAAACCUUGGUCAAGCAUCACCUUGUCUGGAAAUUUUUGCCACGGGGAGAGCUGCAGCUUCUAACAUCUUUGAGACAAUAGACCGGAAACCAAUCAUUGACUGUAUGUCAGAAGAUGGUUACAAACUGGAUAGAGUCAAAGGAGAAAUUCAAUUUCACAACGUGACCUUCCAUUAUCCUUCCAGACCUGAGGUGAAGAUUUUAGAUAACCUUAGCAUGGUAAUAAAAUCUGGAGAGACGACAACUCUGGUGGGACCCAGUGGGGCCGGAAAAAGCACAGCAAUACAACUAAUUCAGAGAUUCUAUGAUCCCAGUGAAGGCAUGGUGACUCUAGAUGGACAUGAUAUUCGCUCUCUUAAUAUUCAAUGGCUUCGAUCCCAUAUCGGGAUUGUUGAACAAGAGCCAGUCCUGUUCUCCACCACAAUUGCAGAGAACAUUCGCUACGGCAGAGAAGAUGCAACCAUGGAAGACAUCAUCAAAGCUGCCAAAGAAGCCAACAUCUACAACUUUAUCAUGAAUUUGCCACUGAAAUUUGAUACCCUUGUUGGUGAAGGUGGAGGCCACAUGAGUGGGGGCCAAAAACAAAGGAUUGCUAUUGCUCGAGCCUUGAUCCGAAACCCCAGGAUCCUUCUUUUGGACAUGGCCACUUCUGCCCUGGACAAUGAGAGUGAAGCUAUAGUUCAGAAAACAAUCAACAAGGGAGUAAAUAUCGAAGAAGAUGAUGUGUCCAAAGAUGCCAGUCUUGAGAAAACACAGAGUUUCAAAAGAGGGGGUUACCAGGACAGUUUACGAGCUUCCCUGCGGCAGCGUUCCAAGUCUCAGCUUUCUAACCUGAUACAGCAGCCUCCAUUAGCUGUUUUAGAUAAUAUACCUGCUUAUGAAGAAGACAAGGAUCAUCCCUCUGAAGAAAAAGUUGAACCUGCACCAGUUAUGAGGAUUUUGAAGUAUAACAGUGCAGAAUGGCCUUACAUGCUGGCAGGUUCUUUGGGAGCAUCUCUGAAUGGUGCAGUCAAUCCUCUUUAUGCUCUGUUAUUCAGCCAGAUUAUUGGGACUUUUUCUAUUCUUGAUAAGAAAGAACAAAGGUCUCAGAUUGAUGGACUCUGCGUAUUCUUCAUAAUAUUAGGAAUUGCAUCCUUUUUCAGUCAAUUUCUACAGGGAUACACAUUUGCUAAAUCUGGAGAGCUACUCACCAAACGACUUCGUAGACUUGGUUUCCAGGCCAUGUUAGGGCAAGACAUUGGCUGGUUUGAUGAUGUAAAGAACAGCCCUGGAGCUCUGACAACAAGACUGGCUACAGAUGCAUCUCAAGUUCAAGGAGCUACUGGAACUCAGAUUGGGAUGAUCGUCAGUUCCCUCUCCAAUAUUGGUGUGGCCCUGAUCAUUUCAUUUAUCUUCAGCUGGAAACUAAGUCUAGUGAUAUCAUGCUUCCUUCCCUUCUUAGCUUUAUCAGGAGCCAUACAAGCUCGAAUGUUGACAGGAUUUGCCUCUUCAGACAAGCAUAUCUUAGAAGCUAUUGGCCAGAUUUCUAGUGAAGCUCUCAGUAAUAUUCGGACAGUUGCUGGGAUGGGAAAGGAAAUGCAUUUCAUUGAAGCAUAUGAGAAGGCACUGGAAAAGUUAUUCAGUACAGCCAUCCGAAAAGCAAAUAUCCAUGGAUUGUGCUUUGGCUUUGCACAAGGCAUAGUAUUUAUAACCAAUUCAGCCUCUUACAGAUAUGGAGGAUAUCUGGUUCCUCAUGAAGGACUUCAUUUCAGCUAUGUCUUCAGGGUAAUCUCUGCAGUGGUGACCAGUGGAACUGCUCUUGGAAAAGCUUCUUCUUAUACUCCAAGCUAUGCUAAAGCUAAAAUAGCUGCAGCACGCUUUUUCCAGCUCUUAGACUAUCAACCCAAAAUCAAUGUGUACAGUCACGCAGGCGAAAAAUGGGAUAACUUCAAAGGGAGCAUUGACUUUGUUGACUGCAAGUUUACAUAUCCGACCAGAUCCAGUGUACAAGUUUUGAAUGGUUUCUCAGUAUCUGUUAAACCUGGACAGACCCUGGCACUUGUUGGAAGUAGUGGCUGUGGAAAAAGUACCUGUGUUCAGCUGCUGGAGAGAUUCUAUGACCCUGACAAAGGGCAAGUGAUAAUAGAUGGACAUGAUAGCAAACGUGUUAACGUCCAGUUCCUUCGAUCUAAAAUUGGAAUUGUAUCUCAGGAGCCUAUAUUAUUUGCCUGCAGCAUUGCUGACAACAUCAGAUAUGGAGAUAACACUAAGGAUGUUCCAAUGGAGCGUGUCAUUGAUGCAGCAAAGAAGGCUCAGCUCCACGAGUUUGUCAUGUCACUUCCAGAAAAAUAUGAAACUAAUGUUGGGGUUCAAGGGUCCCAGCUGGCUCGUGGUCAAAAGCAGCGUAUUGCAAUAGCUCGUGCUAUCCUUCGGGAUCCUAAAAUAUUGUUAUUAGAUGAAGCAACUUCUGCCUUAGAUACAGAAAGUGAAAAGAUAGUACAAGAAACCUUGGAUAAAGCCAGAGAAGGACGGACAUGCAUUGUCAUUGCCCACCGCCUUUCCACCAUCCAAAAUGCAGAUAUUAUAGCUGUUGUGUCACAAGGUGUUGUGAUCGAAAAAGGGACUCACAAUGAACUGAUGGCCCAAAGAGGAGCAUAUUACAAACUAGUCACCACAGGGGCACCCAUUAGUUGA